GAGGUGGGCAGUGUUGAGGAGGAACUGAGUUCAUACAAUACUACUGAGACAUCUACAGCUUAGCAGACAGAUACGGUGAACCGCCUAUCCCGGCUCCUGUAAGUGAUGCUGCACUGAGGCACACUUUGAUCCAACUCCAUUGGGGGGGCGAUGCACUCUCUGCAUCCCUCCUUUAAGAGUUUUUUUGGGGGAGCGUGCACAUCCUUAAGUCAUUCAAAACAAGUGGUUAUGAAAUAAAUUAGGUUUAGGCUUUAAGGUUUUCAUUUGAGGUCCGUUUUUUUUUUUGCGCUCUUGGAUUGAAGUUUUGCGCGCUGGUCAAGAAGCCUUUAACGCACACGUUUAAGUUUUGUGCCAGCGAUUUUAUGCUGGUCAAAUAAAGUAGGAAUUUCAAGGCAUUUGGUAGGCUAGGGAUACAAAGUUAAUGUAAAACAAGCUUGGAUCAAUGCGUAUCUCCGCCCGUGGGAUUGCGAGCCUAAGACAUCCGAAGAGGAAUUACGGCGUCCUUUCCAAACAAAGUUGAUCGCUGUGCAUGAUUGCUUUUCUCUUGCACAUGAGGACCACAGUUUUUUAGCGUAUGGAUAAGUUUUGUAGUGGAUAACAUUUUUCUUUUCUUCUUGCAACGCAUUUUUCUGCCGCUUCUGAUGAGGAUCCUUCCCCCCCCUUUUUCCCCACUUCAGUUUAAUUCGUGGCACUUCUUUUCUGUAAAUCAGUGAUGUCUCUACGCGACGGCACACACGGUUGAUUCCAUCGUAUUGGAACGGAAAAGAAUUGCUGCUGUAGAAGUGAAGCAUCCAUCCACUCUUGAGUAUGGACUUAGCAGGUCAGGCUCAUGUGCUGGUGGUCUUGCUCACCUGUGUGGCCUUCCUAUGCCGGGCCCAGGAGAGGGACUACACGGUGAAGGAGGAACAGCCAGAAAACGUCCGCAUCGGGAACCUGCGCAAGGACUUGGACCUCAACCUGGACCCCAACAUCAGACUAUCCUCGCCGCUGCAGUUCAAGCCUGUGUACAAGACAGGUGACGUGCCUUUGGUGAGGGUGGAGGCCAACACGGGAGAGAUCUUUACCACGAAUCACAGAAUCGACCGUGAGAAGCUUUGCUCUGGGGUCUUCGCUGAGAAACGCUGCUACUAUGAGAUUGAGGUGGCGGUGCUGCCGGAUGAGAUCUUUCGAUUGGUGAAGAUCCGUUUCCUGAUUGAGGAUGUUAACGACAACGCACCCCUUUUCCAGUCCACUGUAAUAAACAUCUCCAUCCCGGAGAACACGGCCAUCAACACCCGAUACCCGGUGCCCUCAGCAUUUGACCCUGAUGUAGGAAUAAAUGGAAUCCAACAUUAUGAACUAGUCAAGAGUGUCAGCGAGUUUGGCUUAGACAUCAUUGAGACCCCUGAAGGUGACAAGUGGCCACAGCUCAUUGUUCAGCAGAACCUGGAUCGCGAGCAGAAGGACACAUUUGUCAUGAAAAUAAAGGUAGAGGAUGGUGGAAACCCCCCCAAGUCCAGCACUGCCAUUCUCCAAGUCACCAUCUCUGAUGUCAAUGACAAUCGUCCCAUCUUCAAGGACAGCGAGUUGGAGGUCACAGUACCGGAGAAUGCACCUAUGGGGACAUCAGUUGCUCAGCUUCAUGCCACAGAUGCAGACCUGGGUUCCAAUGCACAGAUCCACUUUGCCUUCAGCAACCAGAUCUCUGCCUCAACCAAACGUCACUUUGCCAUUGAUAGUUCUUCAGGACUGAUCACUGUGAAGCAGCCACUGGACAGGGAGGUAACUCCUGUUCAUAAACUGAUCGUCCUUGCCAGUGAUGGCAGCUCAACCCCCUCCCGAGCCACAGUCAUUGUAAAUGUAACUGAUGUAAAUGACAAUGUUCCCACCAUUGACACUCGCUACAUUAUCAACCUGGUUAAUGGGACUGUUCUUCUGUCUGAGAAUGCACCUCUCAACACGAAAAUAGCCCUAAUUACUGUUACUGACAAGGAUGCAGAUCUUUAUGGCAAAGUAGCUUGCUACACUGACCAUGAUGUUCCUUUCCGGUUGAAGCCUGUCUUUAAUGAUCAGUUCUUACUAGAGACAGCUGCCCCCCUAGAUUAUGAGACGACUCGAGAAUAUGCAAUUAAGAUAGUGGCCUCGGAUAGGGGGACACCUCCUUUGAACACUUCAGCUAUGGUUUUAAUUAAAAUCAAGGAUGAGAACGACAAUGCACCCAUCUUUCCCCAGCCGGAAAUCCAACUUUCCAUACCAGAGAACAAUGACCCCUCUACACAGUUAAUAAAAAUCAGUGCCACUGACGCAGACAGCGGACAUAAUGCUGAGAUUAUUUAUACUCUUGGCCCUGAUGCACCUGAUGGGUUUAACAUAGACAGACGGUCAGGAAUCCUCUCUGUUGGCAAACGCUUGGACAGAGAGAAGCAGGAGAGGUACUCAUUCACUGUCAUAGCAAGGGACAAUGGCUCCACAUUCCUACAGAGCAAUGUCACUGUCAGGCUAAUCGUCCAGGACCUUAAUGACAACAGCCCAGCUUUCACACACCCUGAGUACAACUUCUAUGUGCCUGAGAACCUGCCUCUCUAUGGAACUGUGGGGUUAAUCACGGUGACUGAUGCAGAUGCGGGAGAUAAUGCUGUUGUAACGCUCUCUAUUUUGAACGGGAAAGACAAUUUCAUCAUCGACCCCCAAACUGGUGUGAUUAAACCCAAUAUCACCUUUGACAGGGAGCAGCAAAGCUCCUACACAUUUAUGGUCAAAGCAGUUGAUGGAGGGCAACCUCCAAGCUCCUCCUACGCCAAGGUCACUAUCAACGUUGUUGAUGUGAACGACAAUCGACCUGUAUUUGUCAUCCCUUCCUCCAAUUAUUCGUAUGACCUCGUGCGAACCACCACCACACCUGGUGCUGUGGUCACCAGGGUGUUUGCCAUUGACAAUGAUACAGGUAUGAAUGCCGAGCUGCAGUACAGUAUUAUCAGCAGCAUCAUCAUCACAUCCAGGGUCUCCCCUCGAGGUCUCUUUGCCAUCGACAAAACAACUGGUAACAUAACACUGCAGGAGAAAAUAGUGGCAGCUGACCAAGGACUGCAUAGGCUGGUAGUCAAGGUCAAGGAUCUAGGCCAGCCUGAGUCCUUACAUGCCAUCGCACUUAUUCACUUGUUUGUCAAUGACACUGUGUCAAAUGCAACCUUCAUCCAAGAACAGCUGAGAAAAAGUAUGGAGACACCCUUGGACCGUAACAUAGGGGACAGCGAGGUAACUCCUCAGGCCAACGGAUAUGUGAUUGUUGUCAUAGCUAUCAUAGCAGGGACAAUGACUGUCAUCUUGGUAAUAUUUGUGACUGCCUUGGUGCGGUGCCGGCAGACGCCCAGACACAAAGUGGUACAAAAGGGCAAGCAGAGUGGUGAGUGGGUGUCACCCAACCAAGAAAACCGUCAGAUCAAGAAGAAGAAGAAGAGGAAGAAGCGAUCCCCUAAGAGCCUCCUCCUGAACUUUGUGACCAUAGAUGAAUCCAAGCCUGACGACCCCACCCAUGAGCAUGUUAAUGGUACACUGGAUCUCCCUGUGGAGUUAGAGGAGCAAACCAUGGGGAAGUACAACUGGGCCACCACGCCCACCACCUUCAAACCUGACAGCCCAGAUUUAGCCAAGCAUUACAAGUCAGCAUCCCCCCAGCCUACAUUUCAAAUCAAACCGGAGACUCCAGUGGCCCCAAAGAAACACCAUGUGAUCCAGGAGCUCCCCUUGGACAACACGUUCGUGGUGGGCUGUGACUCACUCUCCAAGUGCUCAUCGACUAGCUCCGACCCAUACAGUGUCUCAGAGUGCAGCUGUCAGGGGGGAUUCAAGACUGCAGGGCAAAUCACCACUCGACAGAACCUGAGCCAGACACCAGAGAAGUCUUUCAACUCGCCGCCCCUCAUUUGUCCUCAUAAGGAGGCCUGUCAACUUGGCAAGAUAACCUCUGUGAAUACCCAGCGCCGCGUGACGUUCCAUCUCCCAGAUGGUUCCCAGGAGAGCUGCAGUGACAGUGGGCUGGGGGACCCCGAUCCUAGCAGCACGGCUAGCACCACCCAGCCUCUUCCCCUCAGCUUCCCCCAGGAGGAGUACUAUGAGCACACAUCACCUAACAGCCGCACUGAGGGAGAUGGAAACUCAGACCCUGAAUCUACCAUAGAGGUGAACCUGCAGAAAGCCUUGGCUGAGGCCUCUGAGACAUGUACCCAGGAGUGUCUGAUAUUGGGCCACUCCGACAGCUGCUGGAUGCCCCCAGCCCUGGCCCAGUUCCAGGGUUCUGGUAACAACAGCCCCACCUCCACCCCUACUACCACCACCAUCACUGGUACAAUGCCCUCUUUUGGCUUCCAGCAGAGUUUUGCCCGGGGAGCCAAAGUUAACAUGGGCAGCAUGGGGGUCAUGGAUGGUCGCCACACCCUGGGCAGAUCUGUGCCCAAAAAAGAUGAAUUGGACAAAGGGAACAACCGACCACAGUUCUACAGCACCCUGGAUAGACACUGCAGUAGUAAGAAGGAGGACCCCGUCAAGGUCAUCCCCCUGGCGAGCUUCUCCUCCCCUGAGCAGACCACUGGUGGGGGCAGCAGCUCCUUCUUGCAUGAGCACCAGCUGUAAGAGUAAAAGACAGAUCUUCAUUGCCCUGACAUACAUGUGACUCCAUCCACAGACGGCUUUUUGUCAGUGACUUUAUGGUCAGUGUGUAUGCGUACAUGCGGAGGUAUGCAUAAUUUGAAUAACUCAGACCAGUUCCAGCUCAGUUUUGUUAAUGAAGACAUCUGAGAAUCAAUCAUGAUGAUGUUGUUCAGACAAAAUCAUAUGGGAUCAGUCUGACAGCUAAAGCACUGGAAAGGACAUGUCAGUCUUAACAUAGCAGGCCCAUGUAUAAUAAAUAAAGGUAGUUAUACACCAAAGUAGUUCCAUCAUAGAAAAAAAAAAAAGAAAGAACUUUUGCUUUCAGUUUAGUAUUUGCUUAGUGAAAGAACAAUGUACGCUUUAAGCUCCUUGGGCCCACCUUUGUGGAACUGUGUUCUAAAAGACCGUUUCGUCAUACAAAACAUGCAAAUACAGUACUUUGUGUUGAGUGAGCUAAACUGGGCUAAAUGUUAAUUAUGAGCUCUGGGUGGAUGGUGUUUUUGUUCAAGUUCUAGUGAAGUAUUGCUCUGUAUAACAUGCAGCACAAACUCCUUUGGUGGUGGAAGAUAUUUCUCUUGUCUUGCCUGAAUGUGUUUCAGAAGUCUAUUUUGGUCAGGGGACUGCAGAAGGAUAAAAAAAGUCUACAAAAAUAUCUAGGCCAAUGGUAGACGACACCGGUAAUCUUUUGCAUUCUUCAUUUCCACAGUGGACCAGUACACAAAUUAUAAAACAGAGCCCAAAAACUCCUGCACACACACACACACACACACACACAAGAUGUUUUCCAUAUGGUGAUUGCUCUAUGUCUGCCAACUCUAUUAAGAAAAUGUUCACAAACUAUCUCAGUAGCUUAGCCUUGAAAGGCACAGACAGAUGCGCUUCAGAAACAAAUCCUUUGUUUCCUUCCCUUUGUUUCUAUUUCUCACAUUUUGCUGCUCAGAAACACUCACAUGAUAACAGCUAUGGAACCAGCUAUGAAAUUUUCAGUCUAAUUACUUUGAUGUGUGAUCUCAGUAGAUAUCCUCAUUGUAGCUAGGUCUGGAAUGGUUCUCUUGGCCGGCCAAAAACACGCUCUGCGUGUGCAGAGGCAAUGAAAAGGUUACUCAGAAAAAGCAGCUUUAUACACACCCUCACUUCUCAUCAUAUCGUUAAUAGUACCUUUUGUUCCUGCUAUUAAUUACUAUUAUGUGUCUUCAUACAACUCAUUUGGGGUGCAUAGUUUCCUUUACCAUAUUUUACAAUGCAUUAACACUGGAAGUGGGUUUUUUUUUUUCAUAAGAAUAGGUAUCGGCCCUAUUUGAAAGGACUCCAGUCAGGCUGCCCGUCACCAUAGUCUCAUUUCUCUCACACACACACAGAAUCACGGACCAUGUGUGUAAACUGUACUGAUGAUGAUAACUACUUCAGACUAACUUGCUGCUGUAACAGAUUGGGUGCAGUAUAAUCUAUUGCUACAGCGAUAAGUGACUUUACUGAUAUCCAUUUUUCUUUCCAGUAACAUCCAAGCCAGGUGUCUACAUUAUAAGGUACCGGUAUAUGAUUCAUGCAAUUCAUUUUCUUGUACCAUCUUGCAAAUUUGGACCAGGCCUAAAUCUAUAAUGUAACGUGGUACUCUCGAGGGAAGAUGCAAAUUGUGUUUGCAUGCUCUUAGCUACCACACCUAUUCUCUCCGAUUCUUAAGCUGGGACUCUUAUCUUUAUAAAGAGGAUUUAUCUGAGAUACACUGAAAUGAUCACUUAAGGGAACAGUGUGUCAAGGACACAGAAAGGGGCAAUUCAAUUUCAUCUCAGUCAAUUACAGAAAUGAAAUUAAUUCAACACUGGCAACUUAAAUAAAUUCUCCUAUAAAUGUCCAUUGAUGAAAAUGUCACUGUUUGGGAAUCCAAUUCCAGCUCAUUUACUAAUACUUUCUCCCUGUCUCACUUUUUAUCUCAUUCAAUUGUUAUCGUCAGACCAAAUGGUAUAAACAAUACAUAUUUAAUCAAAAGGAGAACAUAUCAAAGGGAACAAAUUCAGUACAUGUGAUGUGAUCCAAAAGUUGCCUCAAAAUCCUUCAUAUUUUCAGACCCUCUUUACAAGUCUGGAAACUAACCUUUUCUGAGAAAACAUGUCAUUCAUUAACAAUAAGAAAUAAAGACAUUAUCUGUCAUUGGAGCGUUUAUAAAUAUGACAGGAAACUAUGCCCUUCCUCACAAUAUGGAGGGAGAGAAUAUCCAUGAAAUAUAUAUCGGAAAAUACUCUGUCACACUGUAAUCAAAAACGUGAUUGCUUGAAAUUAUUUAUACAAUCACAUGUGUACAGUAAGCACAAUACUACCUAUCUGUAACCCUCACUGUGUUUUAACUUACUCUGCCUACAUAACUCCUAUGUACUAUAAUGGUGCAGCAGCUACAUCAACUGAAAGACAACUUCUAGAGGAAAUAGUAUAAUAUCUGCAUGAAUGUACAUCUGUAGGAUGUUGCUUUUGAUACCAUCGUGACUUUUUUUUUCUUCAACUGCAGUCCUGUUUUGUUUUACCAUGUGCCCCUCUAAAGGUAUAAGUAGUGGUGUUUUAUUUAUUUUUCAAACAAAGAGCAUAUGAUAUGAAUGUGGUUCCUCCAGUAAGUAGUGUCCCACUUUAACAAAACACAUAGUGAAAUAGGUAAAAUGUCAAAGCUGAUCACAGGUUUCCACUUUGCAUGAAUCUGUUCUCACUGUAAUUUUCAUAUUUUUCUAUUUACCUCGGCCCUAAGCUAAUACAUUAAACAGAAGAUUGCUUUUUAUUUUUCUGAAUUUUCUAUUCAAAAUGUGUGUCACAAUUAACAUGUCAACUUGCGUCUUAAUUUGCAUGAACUGUUUGGACUUCCACAAGGCAUUUUGACACUUGACUAUGUAGUUCAUGCAUCCAUCAUGAAUCCAUUAGAUUCAGUGUCAGUAUUGAUGUUUACUGCUCCACCUGUUUGUCUGCAUUAUGGAACAAAACAAAUGUUGCACAGUGUACACAUUCAAACUUUGUAAGGUGUGCGUAACACUUAUGCCUCUCCAUACACACCAAUAUCUAUGCUGUCAGGUAAACUGGACUUUAAACUGUAAAUAACAGUACCCCCCGAAACUAGUAUAAUGGUUACAAACUGGAAAAAGACAUAUAGUAAAGACUGAUAGCUACAGGCUAAACAUUGGAAUUAGCAAUGCUGAUAAAAAGGAAAAAAAGGUAAAACUUAAGAACUGAUGAGAUGACAAUCUCUGUUAUAAUGUAAAUGGAUACAUAUGCAUAAUAUUGAUGGGAGUUUGUUUGAAUGUGUUUAUAGAUUAUCUUGUAUGUGUGUGUGUGAAGGAGACUGUGUGUCUCCUUGCAUGUAUGAGUGUGUGCUUGCGUGCGUGCACAUAUGUGUAUACUGGCAUGCACUUUGCCAGGAUGUUUUAUGUACACAAAUGUAUCUUGUACAAAAACUAUAUGAAAAUAUAAGACUUACGUAUAUGCUUGUAAAUUAGUCAUCAGUGAGUCAGGUCAAGUUUGCUUUGAGAGAAGGCUUCAAUGCUUGCCAGCAAAUCUGUAUUGGUCAGUUAAAGCUAUACAGUCUGUGUUGUCAUGCCUUUGUACGAUAUCCCAUUUAAAUCUCUGAAAAAAAUGACGUUCCAUGUGGAAAAACGAUUUAUCUUGUCAUUGAAUUUUACUUGAGCCAUUAAAU